AUGCCAGUGAAGAAAGCAAAUGGACCUCCAGGGAGGGUGGAGACAGAGGAAGAGAGGAGAUUCAGAAAGAAGAGGGAGUUUGAGAAGCAAAGGCAAGAAGAGAAGCAUAGGCAGCAGCUGAAGGAUUCCCAAAAUUCAGUUUUGCAAAAGACACAGAUGUUGUCUUCUGGGAAAGGACAUGGGUCGAUUGCAGGGUCGCGAAUGGGGGAAAGGAGGGCUACUCCAUUCUUGAGCAGCGAAAGGACUGAAAAUAGGCUGAAGAAGCCAACCACAUUUGUAUGCAAGUUGAAAUUUCGGAAUGAACUUCCAGAUCCAAGUGCACAGCCAAAGCUUAUGUCUUUGAAGAAAGACAAAGAUCAAUAUACAAAAUACACAAUAACAUCGUUGGAGAAAACAUACAAGCCCAAGCUUUUUGUUGAGCCAGAUCUUGGGAUACCUCUUGACCUGCUUGACCUCAGUGUAUACAAUCCUCCAAGUGUUAGAUCACCCCUUGCUUUGGAAGAUGAGGAAUUAUUGCGGGAUGACGUAGCAGCAACCCCUGUGAAAAAUAAUGGCAUCAGAAGAAAAGAGCGGCCUACCGAUAAAGGGGUUGCAUGGCUUGUUAAAACACAAUAUAUAUCUCCUCUUAGCAUGGACUCUGCGAGACAGUCUUUAACUGAAAAACAAGCAAAAGAACUGCGGGAAAUGAAGGGAGGUCGCAACAUUUUGGACAACCUUAAUGACAGGGAAAGACAAAUCAAGGAAAUUGAGGCAUCAUUUGAGGCCUGCAAGUCACGCCCUGUUCAUGCAACCAAUAAGAAUUUAUACCCUGUUGAGGUUCUACCUCUGUUGCCCGAUUUUGAGCGGUAUGAAGACCAAUUUGUCCUUGCAGCAUUUGAUGGUGCUCCUACUGCUGAUUCAGAAAUCUACAGCAAAUUGGACCAGUCCGGUCAUGACGCUUAUGAAUCAAGAGCCAUUAUGAAAAGUUAUAAGGUAACAGGCGCAGAUCCAGGUAAUCCGGAGAAAUUUUUGGCUUACAUGGUCCCUUCUCCAAAUGAGCUAUCAAAAGAUCCAUAUGAUGAAUCUGAAGAUGUUUCUUAUUCUUGGGUUCGCGAGUAUCAUUACGAUGUAAGAGGUGAUGAUGUGCAUGAUCCCACAACAUACCUUGUUUCAUUUGAUGAAGAAGAAGCACGCUAUGCGCCCCUUCCCACAAAGCUUGUCUUAAGAAAAAAGAGGUCCAAAGAGGGAAAAACUAGCGAUGAGGUUGAACAUUUUCCCGCACCUUCAAGAGUGACCGUCAGGCAGAGAUCAACUGUUGCCGCAAUUGAACUAAAGGAUUCAGGGGAUUAUUCAAGGGGAUCUGUGUCAAAUUUGAAAACAAGACGCUUUGAUGUUGAGGAUACCCUUGAAAGACCACGGAAGAUUGCACGACAUCAAGAUAUUGAUGAAUAUAGUGGUGCUGAAGAUGAUUUCUCUGAUUAA